GCUUUACUCUGAAUUCUGAGCUCUUUUGAGUGUACAGAGUAUUUGCACCUAGAAGAGAAAAACGAAUCAUGAAGACCUGCAUCGUUCUGGUUAUCGUCUGCAUCGCCAUAGACUCGAUAGUCACCGGUUACAUACUCCCCAAGAGGACCGCUGAAGAAGUUGAGACGAACCGUCGAGAGGUGGAAGCAGUCGCAGGGAAUCUCUUGCACGCCAAGCGAGACCUGGAAGUUGAUAGCGGCGUCAUGGCCAAAAGGGGCCUUUUCGGUUUUGGUGACGACGACGACGACGACGACGAUGAUGAUGAUGAUGAUUUUGAUGAUGAUUUUGAUGAUGAUUUUGAUGAUGAUUUUGAUGAUGGCAAGAAAAAGCGCAAAGAGGCGAUAUUUGCUUGAGGCUAUAUUUAAAGACGGGGUAUGGUGGUAUUUCUUGCUGAACUUUGUGCACUGCAAAGGAAGAAUUGUUUUUCAAUGAAAAUUCUGUCUGGUAACUUUCGCUGAAGCUAAGCAAGCUGAGACUGCUCCGUACAACGCCAUCAACAUACGAUGAACGAAAUAAACUUAUUUAAAAACAUCA